GCAAUUAAGCUCCAUUGCCCUUACGUGUGGCCGGGUACCGAAAAAGAUCGUCCAAGGAAACCACCGGGUCUUCGAAGAAGAACAGCCGAGACGAUGGGUAAAAUGAAUAUGAGUGUUCCCAACGCGUCUGCUCGUUAUCGCCGAGCGUCGGACUCGUCUUCCGUUCCCCGUCCAACUUCCCAGUUGGACGGUCGACGUGAUCACUCGUCCUCCGGUGCUGGUUCGGCCGGGAAGGUCUCCUCUCGAUCACGUCAGUCGUCUGACGCACCACCGAGACAUCAGUCCCAGUCCCUUCCUUUAGUUCGUCGCUCGGAGGGGUCUGGUCGUGAUACGGAGGGUGUAAAGGGUCCUCCGAAAAGAAAAGACGACGCUAGCCUGGAACGACCUGACCCGUCAAAAAAGCAAAGGACGUUGGAUUUUGGCUGGGAUUUCUCGCACACGUCCGAAGCUCGUCCUUUCCCGAACGACUCUUCAGCUUGCUCUGAACUUUUCCGGAGGAUCCAUUUUGGGCCUGGUCGUUUGCCUUCGGUUGAUCAGAUGAAGGAAGCGCAUGCAGUUGCUGAUGUGGCGCAAGCCUCCUUCGAGGUGUGUUUUUGUUUGUUCUGUUCGUCGACUCGUUUUUUGAACCUGUUUUUGUCUUUUCAUCUGUUCUUAUCCUUUUUUCCUUCUCAGCUUGUUGCCCGAAUCAAUCGCUUAACCUCGCGCUACGAACGCCGCGUUCGCGAUCAGGAGGACGACCGGUCAGGAGCGUCGUCCUACGCAGAGAAGAUUGAACGCCUCGAGGCCCAACUAGGGGAGGCUGUUCGGUCCAACCAAAGGCUUAGUGACGAAGCGUCAAAGUUUGAGAGUCAACGGCGCAAGUGGAUCUCGGAGCGGGACGACCUGAAGGCAAAGCUUGAGGCGUCGGAUGCGGCCUACAACAGGAUGCACCUUACUCUCAACUCGGAGACAAAGAGGCUCAGAGAUCGGCGGGAGGAUUUCGGCUACCACGAGAGAAUUAAAGCCUUUAACGAAAUGGCCGUGCGCGUUCAGAAAUUGCUGGCCAAACAUAAGAGGUACGCCGAGGCAGUCAAAGCGUCGAUGGAGAAAUUUCUCGAGUACAACCAAGCCGUCGGGAAUGUCCAAAUGCUCGAAACGCUCGUCGAGGAGGGUCAAAUCGCUGUGCUUGAGGAGGGGUUGAAGGACAAAGUCGUCGCCGUGAUGACUCAACUGAAGGGUGAAGUUGAUGAUCUCGAUCUCCCGGAUAUCACCGAGGCUGACUUUGACGUGUCCAGGAUCUAUUCCGAGCCACUUCCUCCGGUUCCAGAGUGGAUCGCUUCCCCCCUUAGCGGCGAUGCUGAAGGCGGUGACGACGUUAGGGAAGAAGGCGAGUUUGGCAGCGGGGGUCCUGAAGGGAACGUAGGCGAACAGGCAAAGGGUGACGAUCGUCCUGCGGGUGGGAUCGAAGAGCAGACCGUCGAUCGUCCUACGGAAGAGCUCCCCCGUCCUUUGACUCCUGGUUGCGAGUCUCCGACUGCUGAUCCGGCGUCAUAAGUGCUCCAUGUUCGCACUUGCCGUGUUGAGGGGUCGGCUCCCUCGUACUAUCUUUCU